AUGGCUCAGGAACACAUCAGACCAGAGCUCGUCUCUUUUGAUAAUAUUGAUUAUGAAGAUCCAAUAGCACUACGUAGUGCUCAAGAAUCGAUGCUUAGAGAACAAUGGAUCAGAUCAAACGCAUUAAGAGUGUGUCGCAGAGCCUUGGAGAAAUGCUAUAGACACCAUGGUGUUAACCAUUAUGAAGAAUGUAGAGAUUUGGCUGAAAAAUAUAUGCAAAUGUUGCCAACUCAUAAAGUUAAAGGGUUUUAUGGUUAUCAAAGAAAUGAUCCAAGCAAAUAA